AUGUCGUCUGGUACUGAAGACUUACCGCCUGGUGUUGUCAGAGAAGGCGGGAACAAUGUUGCAAACCCAUCCCUUCCCAUACCGAUGCCGGUGAAAAUCGAUCCGUUUCCAACAAAAUAUACGUGGACAAACGAUACUUCGCUGCUUGAUAUCGCCACAUACUUUGACCCAGGUGCACCAAACCUCGCGGUAGACUUUGGACUCGACGGCCUCCAGCCAGUGAUCAGACAGAUUGAUGGGGAUGUCUUUCUGGUCCAAGACAAGCUCGGAAAGUUUUACAAGUGGAGCAGUCGAGAUGGUCAGAUGUGGCUUUUGGACGGACUUGUCGAUGUGAAACAGGCAAUGCAUGCCAUUAUGAGAGACAGUGGAAUAGUGAAGCAGACGGCCGUAUGGAACACAAAACGGCACGAGGGGAACUGA